CCACAUUUACUGUACUGCAUGCCGACUGCCUUGAAGAAACUGUAGCUAACCACCUUAUUAGUAUUCUUGCCUCCACUGUGUCUCACUUGCAGCAUCAGAGCGCUGAGCAAAAUGCAGUAGAGCAGGGACAGACACGGCUCUGGCAAUCAUCUCAAUGCAGGCUGCCGAGUGUUGGGGGUGGGGGCAUGCAGCGCAUCAAGAUUAAUAACCUUGCCAUAAUCCGGGGCACCAUGCAAGCAGACACCUCUGCUGAUUGACUCGCUCCUGGCUUGAUACAUCUGCCUGGGGGAGAGGAAUCCGGAAUCUAGUUCUCACCCCAACCCCCCGAUUUUGGAUGUGCUUUUGCUUCUCCACAGACCUGGGAAGGUAACCGCAAGCCAUACCAUCUGCAGCUCACAGCACCUCUUGGAGGUUACUACUGACAGUUUUCAUUACACGGGCUUCUGUGAGUGCUUAUGUGUUCUUACGUGUUCCUGCGUGUGGCUGCCUGCUUUCUCGUGAAAGAGAUUGUGUGAGUGUCCGUCCUGUGUGUGGGGGUUUGUGUGACAACUAAAGCAGGUAUAACGUACAAGAGGAGAUCUCAACACUGUGAAAAUAAUCUCCAGGCACUGGGACUCCCAAUCUGUAGCCCCCCACCUCUCACCGCCCCUUCUCUGCCCUACUCCCCUGGCUCCUCUCGUCUUUGAUGAGUUUUUGGGUUACUUUUUGGCGGAGUCUCUUGGACACGUUCUUGCCGUUGCUGGUGGAUCAAAUAAAUGGAACCUUUGAAAGUUGAUUAUUUUUUUCUUAUGUGACAAACACGCACACAUACACAGAAAGAGAGAGAGAAGAGGAAAAGAAAUUAGAGUGGUGUAUGACCAGCUAGAGGAUUUAAAAUUUUCCCUGGUGAACUUGGAGGAUCCAUUGAGAAGAAACUAAAUGAAGUGUUUACUGUCAUUAUCUCUAUUUGAUGAAGAGGAUACUGAGUCUCAAAGAGAAUUAAUAACUCAUUCAAGAUCAUCUAAUGCCAAGUAAUCAAAAGGAAAUGCCAUGCAUGUACAAAGAUCAGCCUGGACCAGCCUAUUUUUGAGAGGAUAGCCCACAGAGACAGAAGAAGCAGAAAUGAUUCACUUGUGUGCAAUGCUGCAUGGUAACCCAGAACAAGUGGAGGCCAGCAAGUUGGAGCUCCUGCUGACACUCUAAAUUGAUGAGUCACCGAAGGAACAAAAAUAAUGUAUGUGUUUUGACACUAUGGAGACAUCCUGAAACCUCUUUGGAACCUAAGUAAAUUAACUGGAUUCGAGCUUGGCAAACAGGAAAACUGGUCCAUAGUCAACUUGCUACAGGUGUGAAGAAAUAUUAUCAAUACGGAUCCAGAGCAUGCAUUUUACUUCUUUGAAUUCUCACAGGAAGAUUAGAGCCAGCUAGAGACACUUUAAGACAAUGAAAAGAUAAUCAUAACAAGGAAGAAGUUAAUUCAUCAAGAAGAUAAAUACUAUUCAUUGUCCAUCUUGCACUCAUUCAUGAAUAUUUAAUGUACUGAGCUCUUGGCCACACUGGAGUAUUCUUGGACUCAAAGGACAACAUGGUUGGCAAACACGUUGCCUAUUUACUGCGUAGAGACCCCAAUGGAGAACAAGACUGCUUGAACUCCAGAAGGACCAAUACCAGAUAAAUUAUGAAUGUUGAACAAGAUGACCUUACAUCCACAGCAGAUAAUGAUAGGUCCUAGGUUUAACAGGGCCCUAUUUGACCCCCUGCUUGUGGUGCUGUUGGCUCUUCAGCUUCUUGUGGUGGCUGGUCUGGUUCGAGCUCAAACCUGCCCUUCGGUCUGCUCCUGCAGCAACCAGUUCAGCAAGGUGAUUUGUGUUCGAAAAAACCUUCGUGAGGUUCCUGAUGGCAUCUCCACCAACACAAGGCUCCUGAACCUCCAUGAGAACCAAAUCCAGAUCAUCAAAGUGAAUAGCUUCAAGCACUUAAGGCACUUAGAAAUCCUCCAGUUGAGCAGAAAUCAUAUUCGAACCAUUGAAAUUGGGGCCUUCAAUGGUCUGGCGAACCUCAACACUCUGGAACUCUUUGACAAUCGUCUUACCACCAUCCCGAAUGGAGCUUUUGUGUAUCUGUCUAAACUGAAGGAGCUCUGGUUGCGCAACAACCCCAUUGAAAGCAUCCCUUCUUAUGCUUUUAAUAGAAUCCCUUCUUUACGCCGCCUAGACUUAGGGGAAUUGAAAAGGCUUUCAUACAUCUCAGAAGGUGCCUUUGAAGGUCUGUCCAAUUUGAGGUAUUUGAACCUUGCCAUGUGCAACCUCCGCGAAAUCCCUAACCUCACACCACUCAUCAAACUGGACGAGCUAGAUCUUUCUGGGAACCAUUUGUCUGCAAUCAGGCCUGGCUCUUUUCAGGGGUUGAUGCACCUUCAAAAACUGUGGAUGAUACAGUCUCAGAUUCAAGUGAUUGAACGCAAUGCCUUUGAUAACCUCCAGUCACUAGUGGAGAUCAACCUGGCACACAACAAUCUAACAUUACUGCCUCAUGACCUUUUCACGCCCUUGCAUCAUCUAGAGAGGAUACACCUUCAUCACAACCCAUGGAACUGUAACUGUGAUAUCCUGUGGCUCAGCUGGUGGAUAAGAGACAUGGCCCCCUCAAACACAGCUUGUUGUGCCAGGUGUAACACUCCCCCCAAUCUGAAAGGGAGGUAUAUUGGAGAGCUGGACCAGAAUUACUUCACAUGCUAUGCUCCCGUGAUUGUGGAGCCCCCCGCAGACCUCAAUGUCACUGAAGGCAUGGCUGCUGAGCUGAAAUGUCGGGCAUCUACAUCCCUGACUUCUGUGUCUUGGAUUACUCCAAACGGAACAGUCAUGACCCAUGGGGCAUACAAAGUGCGGAUAGCUGUGCUCAGCGACGGCACAUUGAAUUUCACAAACGUAACUGUGCAAGACACAGGCAUGUACACAUGUAUGGUGAGUAAUUCUGUUGGCAACACUACUGCUUCUGCCACCCUGAAUGUUACUGCGGCAACCACUACUCCUUUCUCCUACUUCUCAACUGUAACAGUAGAGACUAUGGAACCUUCUCAGGAUGAGGCACGAACCACAGAUAACAAUGUGGGCCCCACUCCAGUGAUCGAUUGGGAGACCACCAAUGUAACCACAUCUCUUACGCCACAGAGCACAAGGUCGACAGAGAAAACAUUCACCAUCCCAGUAACUGACAUCAACAGUGGAAUCCCAGGAAUUGAUGAGGUCAUGAAAACAACCAAAAUCAUUAUUGGGUGUUUUGUGGCCAUCACACUCAUGGCUGCUGUGAUGCUGGUCAUUUUCUACAAGAUGAGGAAACAGCACCAUAGGCAAAAUCACCAUGCUCCAACAAGGACUGUUGAAAUCAUUAAUGUGGAUGAUGAGCUCACUGGGGACACACCCAUGGAAAGCCACCUGCCCAUGCCUGCCAUUGAGCAUGAGCACCUAAACCACUAUAACUCUUACAAAUCUCCCUUCAACCACACGACAACAGUAAACACAAUAAAUUCAAUACACAGUUCAGUGCAUGAACCGUUAUUGAUCCGAAUGAACUCUAAAGACAAUGUACAAGAGACUCAAAUAUAAAACAUUUACAGUUACAGAAAACAAACAAUCAAAAAGACAGUUUAUUAAAAAAUGACACAAAUGACUGGGCUAAAUCUACUGUUUCAAAAAAGUGUCUUUACAAAAAAAAAACAAAAAAGAAAAGAAAUUUAUUUAUUAAAAAUUCUAUUGUGAUCUAAAGCAGACAAAAUUAUGUGUAUUCCUCAGAACCUGUUUUUGCUGCACUUACCACUUUCCCACACUUCCUCCCUCCCUUCCCCGAUUGCCAUAUUUUUCAUAGAUCUCAACUCCCUAAAGAACUGGUCUAGGAAAUUUUGUAAGAAUUCUGUUACACUUUGAGAUUUUUAUGGUGAAUUCUAGUGGUGAGAUCCAGUCAAUUUUGUCUCUUUCUCUCUCUAAUUUUUUCAUUUUUUUCUUUUUCCUUCAUGCCCUUCUGAAGUAGUCAAAUGGGGAAUGCAAUAUUAGAAAUAGAUUUUUAAGAAAGAAUGAGGAAAAAUGCAAGAUCUUAUAUUUUUCAUGUAAUGACCUGUUCUGUAUUUAUGAGGAGGACAUUCUGUGGAGAAAGAAAAAAAAAGUAAGCAAACAACAGAUUUAUUUACAUAUAAGCAUCUAUAAAACCCAUGAGUUAAAAAAAAAAAAAAAGAACUCUAGAACCAGAAUUUGUAGUUCAAAAAGCUUAAAAUAAGAUUAUAAAUAAAAUAUUGUUGGUUUUUCUGUA